AUGCCCAGUAGUGACGCCGAAAGAAUCCUGGUCGAGGCCCCUGGGACCCGUGAUUUGCUGUUUUUCGGAAACAAUACCAGAAUGCGACAUCUGACUCUCGGCCUCCUGCAUGCGCGGCUGUUGAUCCUUGAUUACUGUUUGGGUAUCCCCGAGAGCAGCACUCUGUUCACAUGCCAGAGGUGGAUGCUCCUACAAGUUGCCACAACUGCGUUCCAGGACGUGUUUAGGAGCCUUUUCGAAGAUAUCGCUCAGCGCUUACACAAGUACGAGGUGUCAGGUUUGAAUAUCAUCCGUCUCGUACUGGGCUUAUUCGACAAAGUUCAGGAGCUGCUCCUAAACCGAGUAGACUCUUCGGCCACACAAUCCAAGUUUCUUCUGGUUUUAGACGAGGCACAAGGGUUAGGCCGGCUUGCGGACGGUUAUUUUCUGGACAGCGACCUUGAAUCUACUCGCCCAAUUCUAGCCCCUAUACUCCAAGCAUUCAGACGUGUUGCAAACAACCAGGACAGGAUUUGUGUCAUACCUUGCGGCACAGGCUUAAGCUACUACGAGCUGGUAUGGUCUAGAGUCUCCGCGGGUGGUCAAAAUCUCUCGAAGGGUGAGUACAAUGCUUUGUUGGCAACGGGUAUGACUCUCGACUUUCCUGGCUGGACGAGCGUGGACGAGAUUUCCUCUUACGUGGAGCGGGGAUUGGACGAUAUCACGAGGACAAAAUUGACUCGUCUGUUUCCAAGGCAUGUGGUCGAGGAACUUUUCAGAGAUUACCAUGGCCGAUUUCGCCCCAUCAUCUCUAUCAUUGAGGACAUAAUCGAGAUAAACAAUCCGUCAAAGUGGAGAGAGUGCGUUGCCGAGCGGGAGCACCGGUUAGCGACAGCAGAGAUCCCCACAACCUCCAGCAAGAAGGAGCUCCUUGAAGGAAAUCUAUGUCAGGAGCUACGCAGGAUUUUGACUCGAGCCCGGACCGACGAGACGACGACAUUCGAAGACUAUCGAUACGUCGAGAGCACAUUGAAAUUUGCCCUGGCCUCAUUUAAGUUAUUAGGCGGACUUUUGUCAUGUAAAGGAGAGCUUCCUGCGUUGGUGGAAGCCUCAUUUUGCCGAAUCCGACGAUUCACAGGGGAGUGCUACACGGUCAUGGACGAGCCUUUUGCGUUCCGGGAUGUUUUGUCUUACCCUGCCGAGAUCGCCCAGAAUUUCAGUAGCGAGCCCCUCAGGAUGGAACACAGCAGGGAUAUCACCGAGAUUGCGCUUACGAUUGACAGCAAUACCAUUCGCCAACUCUUUGUAGAGGAACAUGUCGCCUAGUUGGAUCAGUUGAAAUGAUUCGGAGACGAAAUGACGAAUGACGGAAGGGCAGGAGCUUGCUACCAAACGAUCCGGGACAUGACAGAUCGCUAUCACUUAGUCGACAGACUUAGUACGCUCACAUACGCUUAAGAAUAAAACAAGUUACCGCAG